UUUGCAGAAGUGAAUCAGAAUUCAACAACAGGAUGCGUGUUAGGCACAGGCUCAGCAGUGUGCUGUUCAAAUGGAUAUUUCCAUUUCUUCAAAACCAUGAGGAGUCGUGUUUAAUUCAUUUUGUCCCUAUUCUCCAGGAAGGCUGAUCGGGCAACCCAUAGAGGAAUGAAGCCCACCGGAUAAAACGCGUUUCACUGCUGUUUCGCUGUCUAUGUUCAGACAAUUUUAGAGGUAUGUAGCAGAAUUAUUUACACAUGUUUCUCUUUAGCAUUAAUCGUUCGAUAUUGUAGUUCCGUUCAAACAGCUUGUUGAGCUAGCUCCUCUUACAGCUAGCUCGCUAAGUAGCCUAGAUAGCACACUGCUAUGUUUACAAACAGCAGGGGAGGAGAGGAGGCAGGCAGGUUCUUCUGCUGAUAUUUCUGAUGUUAGAUGUAAUGACAGCAGUGGCUGAACCGAACGAGCAACGUUUCAUGUUCGAAAUAGAUCAACAAUACUUAUUAAAAGUCUGUAAAGACACUCUUAGUUGUUGUGCUAAAUUGCUUUGUUGAUCUUAUAGGUCCAAGUCCAAACAAUAAUAUUCUUCUCGCAAUGCAAUGUAAUAGGAGAGGAGUAGACGUGCCAGCUAAUUGUAAGGAAGUGUUAACUGAUAACUAGGCCUAGCUGGUCUAGGAAACGAUCAAGAAUGAUCAAGAAUGGUCAAGGAAUGGUCAAGCGACUGACCCAAGCCCUGACACGUGAUGUGUGCUGUUCUUAUGACUCUUGCGACAGAAUUUGAACUGUGAAGUGGAAGCGAAACGAAAAGACACCAAAGCCCGUCUACGGAUUGUUAGACAUUUCUCUGAGGACAUCAGAAGAAGCUAUGGCGGCGUCAAAUAAGAAAGGGAUGAAUCUGCGCGAAGACCUCACUUGUGCCAUAUGCUGCGACCUCUUCAGAGACCCGGUGAUGCUCGGUUGUAUGCACCACUUCUGCAAGCGCUGCAUAUCAACCUACUGGAAAAGUAUCCGGGGGGGACCUGUUCCAUGUCCUCAGUGUCGCCAGGAGUUCCCCAGUCGACAGUUUCAAACCAACUAUUUAGUGGCUGGUCUUGUGGAUAAAGUGCGCGCCAGCUCUAACGACGGUUAUGUGAAGAAUGUUGAGAAACAACUGAAAGAGACUCUUGAGUCCCACCGCUCAAAAAAAGAGGAGUACAUCAACAUGAUCCGCAAAGACAAAGAGCAGGUUGACACACUAAAGAAAGUGGGCUCCGAGCUUCAGGAGCGCAUCCAGGCCGACUUCCAGGCUCUGCACGGCUUCCUGCUGGAGGAGGAGGCCUGCCUGCUGGAGCAGCUGCGGCGCGAGCAGCAGGACUGGGAGCAGGCGCUGCAGCGCCACCUGGAGGCCCUCACGGGCGCCCUCAGGGACGCCGAGCAGACCGUGGGCGCCCUGCAGCAGGCCAUGGACGCCAGGGACCACAGCGUCCUCGUAGAGCUCCCAGAUUUGAAUUGCAGAUCAUCAGCACAAGUCACUAAAGGGCCAGAUUUCGACAGUAAUGUUUUCAGCAGCAAGUAUGCGGCUCCGAUACAGUACAUCACCUGGAGGAAGAUGUUCCAGGUCCUGAAGCCAGGCCCGGCGCCGGUGACCUUUGACGAGGACACGGCCCACCCCAGCCUGCUGCUGUCGCGGGACAAGACGUCGGUGGUGGAGCUGGAGGAGAUCCAGCCGUACCCGCCGCACCCCAAGCGCUUCGUCCAGUGCGUCAACGUGCUGGGCGCCCAGGCCUUCUCGUCGGGCCGCCACUACUGGGAGGUGGCGGUGGGCGCCAAGCCCAAGUGGGACCUGGGGGUGGCGCUGGAGAGCGUGGACCGGCGGGCGCGGGUCAAGCUGUGCCCGGAGAACGGCUACUGGACGCUGCGGCUGCGCGGCGGCAGCCAGUACUCGGCCGGCACGCAGCCGUGGACGCCGCUGCGGCUGGCGGAGCGUCCGCGGCGCGUGGGCGUGCUCCUGGACUGCGACGAGCGGCGCGUGGCCUUCUACGACGCCGCCCACAUGACCCUGCUGCACGCGUUCGCCGACGGGCCGCGGGGGAGGGCGCUGGCGUUCGUGAGCACGUGCGUGACCGAGGCGGGCCAGCGGCCGCAGCCCAUGCGCUUCGUCCACCUCCCCGCCGACUUCCUGUGAGGAGCGUCGCUUAGCCUAGCGCGCCUUCAGAGGGGGGGGAAGCGUUUUCGAGUCUUCUGGACUAUUACUGUUCCUAUUACUGUACACAACUCCUAUACUGUAAAAGUACCAAUAGUUUCUGCAAUUGAGUUCUGCAAUUGAUGGUGCCUUGGAUGUGUGUGUGUGUGUGUGUGUGUGUGUGUGUGUGUGUGUGUGUGUGUGUGUGUGUGUGUGUGUGUGUGUGUGUGUGUGUGUGUGUGUGUGUCUGUGUCUGUGUCUGUGUCUGUCUCUGUGUCUCUGUGUCUCUGUGUCUCUGUGUCUCUGUGUGUCUGUGUGUCUGUGUGUCUGUGUGUCUGUGUCUGUGUCUGUGUCUGUGUCUGUGUCUGUGUCUGUGUCUGUUUGUGUGUGUGUGUGUGUGUGUGUGAGACAGGGAGAGACAAUGGGGAAGUGUCAUUGGUGCCAAAGCGUUUGCGUUGACAAUUGCAACACAAUCAAAGAUUCAGUGUUGUCUGCGUCUUUCUCUGUUCAUAUCUGUAUCUGCAGUCUGAUUGGUAUGCUAUAUCGAGCUUUUGAGCACUUCUGAAUGCAACAAAUCACUUUCUGUAUCUAGGGCAUGAAGCCACACCAUAGAAAUGAAUUGAUGCCAAGUCUUUACUUCUGAUGAGCUGUACAAGUUGUGAUUAAUACACUAGCAGGAUUUGGUUUGUUUUUACUUUUUUUGGUUUGUUUUUUUGUCUAACUAGUAGUGCCUCUUUUUAAUAUUGUUUGCAACAAACACUUCCAAUAAAGCCAAGUCAAUUCACA